AUGUUGAGUUUUGUGAUUCUUUUCUUUAGUUUUCACUGGUUUGAAAACGUUGAAUCGUUCGUUCCAGAAGCUCGAUAUGCGCAUAGUGCCACUUUAGUUAAUAAUAAACUUUACUUUUUCGGUGGACAAAUCUCUGAAUUAAAACAAGGACAAGAACUUUUCCAUAUUUAUGAUGAAUUAUUUUACCUUGAUGUUUCAAGUUCCUUUAGCAUAGAAUCUCCAUCAUGGACAGAUCUUACAGCAUCUAAGAAUGUUCCAGUGAGAAGUUCAUGGUCGACAUCAUCGGUUGGCUUUGGAAUAAAAUCCGAUAAAUCAACUAUUUAUCUAAUUGGCGGUUUGAUGUAUGUCAUUAAUCAAAAUGAUUUAGUUACAGACAUAAUUUAUGCAUUCGAUACCAAAUCUCAACAAUGGAAGCUACCGGUGAUCAAUGGUGCGGGACCAAAUAGGCGACGAGAGGUUCAAGCUGUUUCCGAUAAUACCGGUAAUAUUUAUUAUUUUGGUGGAAUAUCCGAUUAUACUACUACAGGAUCUCCAACAGAAAAUGUAACUCGUUAUAAUACUUUGAACAUUUUGGAUACUGCACAAUUAACUUGGUCGAUUGGUUCUACUAACGAUGCCCCUUCACCACGUGAGGGUUAUAGCGCAACCCUUUACAUAAAUUUUAUUAUCUAUAUUGGUGGAAAAGAGAAUAGCUACGAUAGUCGACCUUUUCGCCUCGUGAAUAUAAGUCAGAUUCCAGUGUACGAUAUUCAAUCUUCAAUGUGGUAUUUAACGACUGUUGGAGGUGCAAACGUAAGCAAUCGCUAUGCUCACUCUGCAAUUUUAGCUCAAAACAAUCUCAUAGUAAUACAUGGCGGUAUAAGUAAAGGAGAACUUCCAGCACCACAACAGUUAAUAGCUCUUAAUAUAACUUCAUUACCAUAUAAAUGGAUAGUACCAACAACAUCUUCUCUUUCACCUUACGCGAUACCUCCACCUCUAUCACUACAUUCUGCUACAUCGGUUGGGAAAUAUAUGAUUAUUGCUUUUGGAAAUAUAACAAAUGCUACGAGAAGUGCAAGCUCAGAUAUUUAUUUACUUGACACUACCAAUUGGACUUGGGUUACCACCUUUCAGCCUAAUCCUACUCAUGUCAACAUAGUUAUAAUAGGUGCAAUCGUGGGAGUUGUACUUUUCAUCCUAAUUAUUAUAGCAUUCAUAGUGUUAUACAUAAGAAUACGCAAGAAAAAUGCAGGAAAUUUUUCAUCAACUAAAAACACUCCACCAUCAAGUUCCAGAAAUUCAAUAUCUAAUCCAUCUCCGAAUCCCCAAGAAAUUGUAUCUGAAUCUUAUAAUGCUAGAACGACAUACGUUAGACCUAGACCCAAGUCUAAUCCUCUGUUGAAACCUUAUUCUACUUUAGCAAAUACAUGA